AUGAAUACUCCUUUGGAGAACACCAUCUCCUUUGAAGAGUACAUCCGAGUAAAGGCAAGAUCUGUCCCACAGCACAGGAUGAAGGAAUUUCUGGACUCUCUGGCCUCCAAGGGACGAGAAGCUCUUCAGGAGUUCCAGCAGACAACUACCACUACCAUGGUGUACCAACAGGGUGCGAACUGCACUUAUACAGACAGCACUGAAGUGGCUGGGUCUUUGCUUGAACUAGCCUGUCCAGUCACUACCAGUGUUCAGCCACAAACUCAGCAAGAACAACAGAUCCAGGUUCAACAACCACAGCAGGUUCAGGUACAGGUGCAGGUACAGCAGUCUCCACAACAGUUCUCUGCUCAGCAGCUCUCUCCACAGCUCACCGUUCACCAGCCUGCUGAGCAGCCCAUCCAGGGCCAGGUGCAAAUCCAGGGCCAGGCACCACAGCCAGCAACUCCUUCCAUCCAGACUCCGUCUCUGCAGAGCCCUAGCCCCUCCCAACUGCAAGCUGCCCAGAUCCAGGUGCAGCACGUUCAAGCAGCCCAGCAGAUCCAGGCUGCAGAGAUCCCAGAAAAGCAUAUCCCACAUCAGCAAAUCCAAGCUCAGCUGGUGGCUGGACAGUCUCUUGCUAGGGGUCAACAGAUCCAAAUCCAGACAGUGGGUGCCCUUUCCCCACCAUCGUCUCAGCAAGGCUCCCCUCAGGAAGGGGAACGGUGGGUUGGCACAGCCAGUGUCCUCCAGCCAGUGAAGAAGCGCAAAGUGGACAUGCCUAUCUCUGUGUCCUAUGCCAUCUCAGGGCAGCCAGUGGCUACCGUGUUGGCCAUUCCUCAAGGCCAGCAGCAGAGUUAUGUGUCAUUAAGGCCAGACUUACUGACAGUAGACAGUGCCCAUUUGUACAAUGCCACUGGGACCAUUACUAGCCCUACAGGAGAAACCUGGAACAUCCCUGUUUAUUCUGCCCAGCCACGGGGGGACCCUCAACAACAGAGCAUCACCCAUAUUGCCAUUCCCCAGGAAGCCUACAAUGCAGUUCAUGUCAGUGGCUCACCUACAGCCCUGGCAGCCGUAAAGCUGGAGGAUGACAAGGAGAAGAUGGUGGGCACCACAUCAGUAGUGAAAAACUCCCGUGAAGAGGUUGUGCAGAUCCUUGCAAACUCACUCUUUCCAGCACAGUUCAUGAAUGGCAACACCCACAUUCCAGUGGCUGUGCAGGCUGUGGCAGGCACGUACCAGAAUACAUUAGACAGGUCUCCAUGGUCCCCUGUUUCUACUUUUAUAAAAUUUAGCACCAUUUGUCCUUCAUGGGACUCACUGUCCUACUACAGAGUCAUAGAGAGCCGACUAGUCCAUUGUAAUGGACACAAAGAUAUUGCAGGCAAUACUUAUGAUUACGCAAUUUAUCAGGCAAAUUAA